AUGAAAACGCCAACAGCACUUUGGGCCAUUGCCCUGAUCGGUCUAAGUUCAUUGCUGACAACAGUUGCUGCGGGUCGUCUGACGUUGCGCCCGCUGUCGCCGCAAGAGCUGCGUCGCGCCUUGACUGAGGCGGGCCUCCCAGACGCUGAGCUGGCGCCCAUGGGCCGUGCCACGCCCUCAGCUUUUGCCGGUCUCGGUGGCUAUGCCUUGGGCCUGGCCAACGGCCUGGGCGGCGCCUUGAUUUUCGAUCUGCUGACCUCCAACGAGACAGCGGCCUAUGUGACCAAUCUAAUCAACUCCCUAAACACCACAACAACAAAUACUGGCAGCGGCAACGGGGGAACCACGCAGGAAGAUGACGAUGCUGAUGACUUCAGCUCGGCGGCGGAGCGCCAGGUGGACGACUAUAUCAGCUCCGAUUAUGCGGACGCGGGCGGCAACGGACUCACGUGCAUCGUGGUGAACAGAGGUCGAGCCGUUCUGCGACAUCGACGCAGCGCAGGCUACGCGGAAAAUGGCAGGACGUCGGUAAAAAGGUCCUCGUCUACUUUGCCCGAAUAA